UAGUUCCUCCUCAUCUACAUGCAAAAUAUAAGCCAGAGUAUUCGCCGGAAAACCCAUCAACAAAUUGAGAGUUCUUCAUCAAUUUAGAUUGAGAUAGGCCUAAAAAAAGACGGGGCCACUCACCUCAGAUUGGAGUAUUGGUGCGGUCAGAGAUAUGGAUGCGGCGGAUACGGCGGAGAGAGAAGUGGGAAGUCUGAAGGCCACGAUGGAGACGGCGGGAGGACAAGUCCAGACGGCGGCGGAGGGGGGAGGAUAUGAAAGGCUCCAGGAGGAGGAGGAAUUCGUCCUCAUGGUACCUGCCGGCCAUGGGGCCAGUUUGGGCGAGAGUUCAAGACCGCGUCAUCGUUGUGGUCUUCGGUGCAUCCCUGGAGGUGUGAAUGAAUGGGAAGUCAAAGAGGAGACUAUCCAAUAUGCACGGGAGGCUGUUGAGCAACAUAACAAGGAAAAGGGGACGAGCUUAGAGUUGGUGAAACUUGUCAAGGUAAGCGCGGGGAUCGUUGGAGGCCUCAUGCUCUACCUCACUCUAGUUGCACGGGACGACAAGCAAAAGGAGAGAUCGUAUCGUGUUAAAUUCUGGUGCCAUCCUUUUGACGUAGAAGAACCCACUACCAUAAUUUACUUCCGUGAGUUUAAAGAGAAGAAGCGAAAAAGAAGAUCCCGGAAACACUAAAACAUCUGCCAAAAAACCCAAGAUAUCUGCCAAAUGUUGUUAGUUCAUUGUCUUAUGCUUUAUAUUAUGCUCCCUGUAUGUACUUACCCCGCUAUGUCAUUCUCUUAGUUUUGGAUGUUUUCUUAUAAAAUACUCCGUAUAUGAUCGUUGUGUCUUGCGCUCCUAAUAUUAUAUUCUGUCACACCUAUUUUCUCCCUAUCCUUUGUUGUGCCAUAAAGUUGUGUUGAACGU